GGGUAGGACGGGACAAUUUCGGGAUAGGGGAAGGGGAAGUUGGAAUGGAAACCGGGAUGGGGGAAGGAAGAGGUCGGAGACGGGGAAGAGGGGGAGGCGGGGGCGAGAAUAGGAGGGGACGUCGGGAUGGGGCAGAAGCACGUCGGGAUAGGGAGGGGCGGGGAGAGGGAGAUCGGGAUGGGAGACGUCGGGAUAGGGCAAGGGGAAAUUGGAAUGGGAAUCGGGAUGGGGAAAGGAAGGGGUCGAAGACGGGGAAGAGGGGGAGGAGGGGGCGGGAAUAGGAGGGGACGUUGGGAUGGGGAAGAAGGGCAUCGGGAUAGGGGGGGAGGGGGAGAGGGAGAUCGGGAUGGAGGGAUGGGGAAGAAGGACGUCGGGAUAGGGAGGGAGGGGGGAGAGUUAAAGGAGGGAGGAGCGACAAGACCGGUCGUAGGGAUAGGGAGGGAGGGGGGAGAGGAAGGGAGCGAGGAGAGGUUUGGAGAUGAGGUCGGAGACUGGGGAAAGGGGGAGGCGGGGACGGAAUGGGAGGGGACGUCGGGAUGGGGAAGAAGGGCGUCAUCUAUCCUAGGCAGUGGCUCAGCAUUCCCAAUCCUGUCGUAGACACAAAGGCGAAUCAACUCCAUCAUCAAGCGAAACCAGAUUUCAAAUGAAUCUUACUGAACACACUGCAUCCCUGGACUCUGUCGAAUAGGUCAUAUAUCCUAGGCAGUGGCUCAGCAUUCUUCACUGUGAUAGCAUUCAAGCCUCUGUAGUCUAUGCAUAGCCUCAGUUCCCCACCUUUCUUUGGGACAAACAGGACAGGUGCUCUGACGUGUUGCUGCGGGACAUGUAAUUCAACAGGCACUCACACCAGGCACUACCUUUAACGUAUCUGGCUUGCAUUUAGUGGAAACACUGGGGGCGACAGAUGGACAAUAGUACUUAUUGAUGCCAGACAUCACAAAGGGUCCUAUAGUGAAAACAGAAUUUUUUGCGCGGCGUCCAUCCAGGUCGCAGCUGCCAAGCCUCCACCGGCUUACUGAUAGUCGAUCACUACGGACCUCCGUGAGGGCUGUAUGCGAGGAAACUUGCACAUACGGUUCGGGCAAAUCCACACCACGCAAAUAUGCGCUAAGUGCUCGACGUGGCCAGCUGGGCCUCGGCCCACCAUCCGAUGUUAAUAGAUGAGGACUGAUCUGAAAGAGAUGAAUCUAACCGCCCUUACGUAUAUGAUGCAACAAGUAAAUCAAGACUCCAUCU